AUGGCGUUGUCAGCAAAGUCUAGCAUCUUGGACCUGAGCCUCAACCCACCGUGCACCAGAUCCCCAGAGGAAAGCCACGAGGCCUGGGCACAAUGCAAAAAUGCUGGUAGGCAGCUUCCUGAGUACAAGGCAGUGGUGGUGGGAGCAAGUGGUGUUGGGAAAAGUGCUCUCACUAUCCAGAUGACCCACCACUGCUUCGUGAAAGACCACGACCCCACUAUCCAGGAUUCCUACUGGAAGCAGGUGGCCCUGGACAACGGAGGCUAUGUUCUGAAUGUGCUGGACACAGCGGGGCAAGAUAUCCACAGGGCCCUGCGUGACCAGUGCUUGGCAGCUGGUGACGGCGUGCUGGGUGUCUUUGCCCUUGAUGACCCCUCAUCUCUGGAGCAGCUGCAGCAGAUAUGGUCUACCUGGAGCCCUCACCAGAAGCAGCCUCUGGUACUCGUGGGCAACAAGUGUGACCUAGUGACCACCGCUGAAGAUGCUCAUGCUGCUGCGGCCAUCCUUGCUCACAAGUGGGGAGCCCCCUUCGUGAAGACCUCAGCCAAGACACGGCAAGGUGUAGAGGAAGCCUUUGAUCUGCUUGUCCAUGAGAUUCAGAGGGCCCAGGAGGCUAUGGCUGAGCCAAGCAAGGAGACCCGACACCGCAAAGCCGUGUGUAGCUGUGGCUGCUCUGUAGCCUGA